UACUUCUCUUUCACAAACUCUUUCUUAUUUUUCAACAAAAAUUACUUCUCAUUCUCUCUCUCUCUCUCUAGCGUCUGCGAUACUUACUAGCUUUCUUGAUUUGUUCUGAUUCUUAGAGCAUAAUCGGUAAUCUUUUGUUGCCGAUUUUUGAUUGAGGGAAAGUAGUAUUGGCUUGCUUCGUUUGGCUUCAUCUUCACUUCAGAAUAAACUCUUUUCUCUUAUUCCAUCAGUUGUUCCGAUUCUUGAAUAAAAAACCCAUCUUUUCAUUCGCUCUGGUUCACUCUGUUCUUGUACUGCUUUGAGGUUUCUUUUCUUUCAUUUUCUUCAGAUAUGGGGUUUUCAAAGAAAUCACAAGCGGAUUCCGGAUUAGAAUCGGAAGCCAAGAAAUGGGUUAUCGCCGGAAUCACGAUUAGGACUUCCUUGAAGCCAAUCAACACAAAAUCAAGAGGCAAAGAGACCGAAGACGACGACAACACCGAAGAGGCCUGUUCGACAACUCCAACAGCUAAAGAAGCAAGAAUACCAGAGAAAAUACCAUGCCCACCUGCCCCGAGAAAGCGAAGACCUACUUCAAGAUGCAAUUUUGAUGCCAGAGACUUCUUCACUCCACCUGAUUUGGAGUCGGUUUUCAAGUUCCAUGUUGAGAAAACAAAUUAAGUUUAAGGUUUCUUGUUUGGUUAAGAUAUAUUUUGUCUUAAUUUUAGUUAGUCUUAGCAUCUCCUUCUCUGUGUUUUAGAUAAGUUUAGUAGUAAAGACUAGAAAGAAGUAGAAUUUUAGGGGUUUUUUUUGUUCAUUAGAAUAGAAGAGUCGAUUGUGUACAAAUAGUAGUAUAUCUAUGAAAAUGGUAUUAGCCUAGUUUUAGCUCAAGUUUGUUGGUUAAUUAAUUUCCUAAUGUACUGUUUGCACUACAAUGAACUGAAAUUGAUGAUUUGCAUUAUCGUUCAA